AGGCAGGAAGUUGGUGGCGACGGUGGUGGGCUCCGUGCGCUCCUGCCCGCCUGCAACAUGCCGUGCGUGGCCGACUGGCUCAACAGCCCGCUGCGCCUCGUGCAGGGCCUCUUCGCCCAAAGUGGUCCAAAUCCUGAAUGGGAGAAAAAAGUAACUGAAUACUUCAGAGAGAAACUAAAAGAAAAUAAUGCAACUAACUGGGUUCCAUCAUUGAAUGAUGUCCCUUUGCAUUACCUGAAGCCAAACAGUUUAGUCAAAUUCCGCUGCAUGGUUCAAGAUAUGUUUGACCCAGAAUUUUACAUGGGAGUUUAUGAAACAGUUGACACAAAUACCAGGACACGUGUUUUGCAUUUUGGUAAAUAUAGAGAUGUAGCAGAAUGUGGGCCUCAUCAGGAAAUAGAUUUAAAUUCUUCACAAACAGUCACUUCAGAGAGACAGACCUUCUACUGCGUUCCAGUGCCUGGAGAGUCAGCAUGGGUGAAAGAAGCAUAUAUUAGUGCAAGUCAGGCUCGAGUUAGUCCUUCAACAUCAUAUACUCCAAGUCGCCACAAGAGGAGUUAUGAGGAAGAUGAAGAUAUGGAGCUACAUCCAUCUAAACAGAAAGAGCAGCACAUGGGGAGUGUAGGUGAUAUCCAUGGGUGUGGAGAGCCAAAGCGAUUAGAAACUGAAGCUUCCGCAGGACAUCAUCUGACUUCCCCAAACUGCUCCCCUCCACUUGAUCUAAACUUCCCACUACCAGGAGAGAAAGGCCCUGCAUGUCUCGUAAAGGUCUAUGAGAGCUGGGAUAGUUUCAAAGUCAAUGAUAUUCUAGAGGUAUAUGGCAUUUUGUCUGUGGAUCCAGUGCUAAGCAUAGUGAACAAUGAAGAGAGGGAGAGCUCCUCAUCACUAUUUGAUCCUAUGGAAUGCAUGGAUACAGCAGAAGAACAGAGAGUACACAGUCCUCCUGCCUCAUUAGUCCCCAGAAUCCAUGUGAUUUUGGCACAGAAAUUGCAGCAUAUUAAUCCAUUAUUGCCUUUUUGCCUUAAAGAAGAAGAAAGUAAAAGCUUUGUUUCUAGUUUCAUGUCUGAACUGUCCCCAGUUCGAGCGGAGCUGCUUGGAUUCCUUACUCAUGCCCUCUUAGGAGAUAGUUUGGCUGCUGAGUACCUUAUAUUGCAUCUCAUCUCCACAGUCUAUGCGAGAAGAGAUGUGCUUCCUCUGGGAAAAUUCACAGUCAACUUGAGCGGCUGUCCGAGAAAUAGCAUCUUCACAGAGCACAUAUACCGUAUUAUCCAGCAGCUUGUUCCAGCAUCCUACCGUCUGCAGAUGACCAUAGAAAACAUGAACCACUCACGAUUUAUCCCACACAAGGACUACACAGCUAAUCGCUUAGUCAGUGGAGUAUUGCAGCUGGCCAGCAAUACUUCUCUUGUGAUAGAUGAGACUUUGCUUGAGCAAGGACAGCUUGAUGCAACAGGUGUACAUAAUGUGACAGCACUGGGUAACCUGAUAACUUGGCAGAAAGUGGAUUAUGACUUCAGUUACCACCAGAUGGAAUUCCCAUGCAAUAUUAAUGUACUUAUCACUUCAGAGGGCAGAUCAUUCCUACCGUCAGAUUGCCAGGUCCACUUACAACCACAAAUAAUUCCACCAAACAUGGAGGAGUAUAUGAACAGCCUCCUUACAGCAGUGCUGCCAUCUGUAUUGAACAAAUUCCGCAUCUAUCUAAGCUUGUUGAGGCUGCUGGAUUAUAGCAUCUCCGAUGAAGUGACCAAGGCAGUUGAGGAAGACUUUGUAGAAAUGCGCAAGAAUGACCCUGAGAGCAUAACAGCUGAUGAUCUCCAUCGAACUCUGCUUGUAGCAAGAUUUCUGUCUCUCAGUGCUGGGCAGACAACACUGUCAAGAGAGAGGUGGUUAAGAGCAAAGCAACUCGAGGCAUUACGUAAAGCCAGGCUCCAGCAACAAAAAUGCGUCAAUGGCAAUGAACUUUAAUUCCUUUCUAUUUUGCUUAUGUGACUCUGAAAUGUUUGUCUAAUCCUAGGUUGAGGCAGCAAUCAGAUUGGGAUACUGUUUAUACAAGUUUUUUUUGUAGAUAAUUUAUACCAAAAAUUAUGGACACUUACCCUUGAAGCCUGAACACGCUUAGUUUAUAUGGUGUUCAGUAAGUUAAUACCUAACUUACUGAUUUUAUGGACCUUUUUGGAGCUUGUUUUGUAAUUAAGAAUUGGUAACAAUGAGCAAAUUGUUUGAUAUUAAAGGUUUAAUACAGAAA